AUGGCGUCUCUGGCGAGCGCAGAGCGACGUGCAUUCGCUCUGAAGAUCAACAGACACUCGUCUGCUGAGAUCAGGAGACACUUUGGUGGGACGUAUGGCUCCCCUCAGGUCUCCAUGCAACACAGUCAUCAUGGCUCCAACGCGUCUGCCUCCAUGUGCUUCACCGUGCCCCAGUCGUAUGACGCGGUGGAGCCCUUGGACUUGGAGGAGUUUCUGAUGUCACAGCUGCAGGGUGGAGACUCCACCCUCAUGCGGGAGCUCGGAGAUUUCCCUGACGACGACCUGGAAGUAGAAUAUGUGGAGAAGGAGUGUCGGACCGUACGCCACUCUGUACCUGAUGAGGGGGUGGAGUUGGAUUCCCAUGUGAGGGACUGUGUUCAGAGUUACACCCAGCCCUGGUUGAUGGUCAGCAGGAGGUGCCAGGGAGAUGGCUGGAGUGCAUAUUCCGAGCGGGCAAGUCUACACAAAACUCUGCGGAAACAGACUUUUGAAUCCGACGUCCAGCCAGAGAAACAAGAGACACGGGUGAAGUCUCCCUCCCUGGCGGUACUGAGUGAUGACUCCGGCAGGACCCUGACCACCUCUGACUUUGACCUCCGCUCUGGUCUGACCCCUGACCCCAGAGUGGACGGGCUACUGCGCUUCAGUAACCAUGAUGACCUGGACAGGUUCAACCUGGAAGCCCGGCAGGCGAACCGCCACGCAGACCUGUUCGCCUUGUACCCACCCACCGACGAGGUGAGAGAGGGACACGCGCGCGCCCGCACACACACGAACACUAGCGAUGCGUUUGAGAUUGACAUCGAACCACUGUUUGCUACCCUGGCUCUGUACGACCUGAGAGAGAAGAAAAAGAUAUCCGAGAACUUCUACUGUGAUCUGAACUCGGAUCAGUUUAAAGGGUUCCUGAAACCCCACACGCCACAGACAGACCACUCCACCCUCUCCCGAGCAGCCAUCUUCUCCAUCACAUACCCCUCCCCAGAUAUCUACCUGGUCAUCAAGAUAGAGAAGGUGCUGCAGCAGGGGGAGAUCAGUGACUGUGCUGAACCAUACAUGGUUAUGAAGGAGAGUGACUCAGCGAAGAAUAAGGAGAAGUUGGCGAAGCUGCGCAGCCAGUCGGAGACGUUCUGUCAGAGACUGGGUCGCUACCGUAUGCCCUUCGCCUGGGCCACGGUCAACAUCAUGAACGUCAUCAGCACCGCCACACUGGACCGGGACACCACCGACUCUGACAGCCUCAAUGGUAAGUCCAGCAGUCUGGAUAAGAGAGGCCAGCUGCCCAGGAGGAACUCUGAGAGGUUCGCUACCAUGGAAGACCAGUGUAACAUGGCUGCCUUCAAACCUGCUACCAUCACCAUCAGCACAUUCUGCAAGCAGGAAGGCGAUCGUCUGAGUGAUGAGGACUUGUUCAAGUUCCUGGCAGACAUCAAGAAGUUCUCAUCCCUGCAGAGAAGAAUUAAAACCAUAUCAGGUAUGAUUAAACUGGAUGUGACCCCGGUCCAUGACAACCCGAUGGCAUGUCUCUCUGCUGAGCUGAUCCCAGUCAAACCAGUGGCUGAGAAGAACCUGAGACCUAUCAAAGAGGUGUUGGAGUUCCCUUCCAGCGAGGUCUAUGUUCCACACAGCACUUACAGGAACCUGUUCUAUGUGUACCCCCAGCGGCUCAACUUUGUCAACAGGCUGACUUCAGCAAGGAACAUCACCAUUAAAAUCCAGUUUAUGAGUGGAGAAGACCCGAGCUGUGUGCUGCCUGUCAUUUUCGGAAAAUCAAAUGGUCCAGAGUUUGUGCAAGAAGUAUACACCCCGGUCACGUACCAUAACAAGUCUCCAGACUUCUAUGAGGAGGUGAAGAUAGCUCUGCCUGCCAGGCUGACUGAGAGACACCACCUUUUGUUUACCUUCUACCAUAUCAGCUGUCAACAGAAGCAGACAGCCACCAGUGAGACAUUCAUAGGAUUCUCUUGGCUGCCUAUACUGAGUUGUGACAGAUUACAGACUGGUCAGUACUGCCUUCCCAUCGCCCUGGACAGACUGCCUGUCAACUACUCACUGCACUCACCUGAGAAAAUCCCCCCUCAGGUCCCUCCAGUCAAGUGGAUGGAGAGCCACAAAGGAGUGUUCAACCUGGAGAUACAGGCUGUGUCCUCUGUACACACACAGGAUAACCACUUGGAGCGUUUCUUCACGUUGUGCCACGCCCUGGAGGGCGGAGCGACGUUCCCACUCCGGGUUCGGGAAGAGAAGAUUCCGGAGAACAAGCUAGAGAACGAGCUGAAGCUGAGCAUCAUCUCCCUGCCCUCCUCCAGACUGGAACCUCUGGUCCUCUACCUCCACCUGGUCUUAGAUCAACUCUUCACCCUCAUCAUGCAGCCCAUGGUCAUCGCUGGACAGAUAGCCAACCUAGCCCAGAUAGCUUUUGAGUCGGUGGUGUCCAUCGUCAACAGUCUCCACAACAGCCAGGAGCUGGCCAGGGACCAGCAGGGUAGGAACGGUCUCCUAGCAACAUACCUGUACUGGGUGUUCCGCCUGGCCGACUCUCCCCGGGAUCUCCUCAACACAGGUCCAGAUGGGGUGUUACCUCCCACUGAGGGGCGCUACAGUACUAUGGGGCGGGCCUCAGCCACCACAGUAGGAGCCAUGCUACUGCAGUCUCGGCUCCGCAGCAGCAGCAACCCUGAUAUACCUGCUCCACACAGUGCAGAGGACACAGAGGUCAAAAACAUCCUGUCAGCUAAGCAGUUCCAUGAAGAGUUGGCUCUACAGAUGGUGGUCAGCACGGGAGUCUGCAGAGAGAACGUGUACAAAUACGCCUGGUUCUUCUUUGAACUGCUGGUGAAGAGCAUGGCCCAGCAUGUGUCUCAGCUGGAGAAGCAGGACGUCCCUCGCAGGAGCCGCUUCUCAGACCGCUUCAAAGACGACAUCACCACCAUCGUCUCUGUGGUCACCGCCGAGAUAGGGACCAUCCUGGUCAAACAGCAGAAGGAGUUGGAGCAGGCAGAGAAGGUCAACAUCAGCCUUGCUUUCUUCCUGUAUGACCUGCUGUCUCUCAUGGACCGAGGCUUCGUCUUCAUCCUGGUCAAAAACUACUGCAACCAGAUGUCGGCAAAGAGCAUUUCCAUGCCAACCAUGAUCGGUAUACGAUUGGAGUUCCUGCGUAUCCUGUGCAGUCAUGAGCACUACCUCAACCUCAGCCUUUACUUCAGUAGUCCCGCCUCCGCACCCGCCUCACCAUGCCCAUCCAUCUCCUCACAGAGCUCCAGUUCAUGUAGUUUCCAGGAGCAGAGGAUCCUGGGCCUGUUUGAUCUGUCCCAGGAGUUUAAACAGCAGCACUACCUUACUGGUCUACUGCUCACCGAGCUCAGCGCUGCACUGGACAUGGAGUCAGAGGGGUCAGUAGACACACACAGGGGUAAGGUCCAGAGGAAGGCCAUCAACGCCACCUACAGUCUGCUGUGUGCCCAUGACCUGGACCAGCGCUGUGCCCAGCCUGAGGUCAGGGCCAAGGUGGCCACUCUCUACCUCCCCCUGGUGGGCAUCAUCAUUGACUCCAUCAACUACCUGGACUUUACAGUGUCCGAGGCUCGCGGAGGGAAGAACAAGACAGGUGGCUCAGACGAGGACCCCGACAACGUCACGCCCAUCAAUCAGUCUAUUGCCAUGGCGAUCGCCGGCAACCCCUUCAACACCAUGGCGAGGAAUGCCCUGCCUUCCAUGGCGUCUGUGUCUGGUAAGGCGGUGGCCACCUUGUCAGCAGAGACCAGUCGUAACCUGCUGCUGUGUUUCCUGUGGGUGAUGAAGAACGCUGAGAGGAGUCUGAUCCAGCGCUGGACUGUCGACAUGCCCUCAGCACAGCUCAACAGACUGCUAGAACUACUCACCAUCUGCGUUUCCUGCUUUGAGUACAGGGGGAAGCAGAGCAGUGAUAAGGUGAGCACCCAGGCCUUACAGAAGUCCCAGCAGGCCAAGAUGCAGCUGGAGGACUCCCUACUGAGGGGCAUCGGAGCACGGGGGGAAAUGAUGCGCCGGGUUGGAGGAAGUGACCGCGCAGGUCAGAGAGAGAACCUACGCUGGAGGAAAGACCUGACGCAGUGGAGGCAGACCAACGACAGACAAGACAAAACGAAAGCAGAGCUGGACCAGGAGGCUCUAGUCAGUGGGAAUCUGGCUACUGAGUCCAACCUCAUUGUCCUGGACCUACUGGAGACCAUAGUACAGGCUGUUCCGUUGGCCGACUGUAAGGACAGUGUAGUGGGCGGAGCACUGAGGGUGUUGCUACACUGUCUCACCUGCAACCAGAGUACAACCUUCCUGUCUCACUGCUUCAGCACGCUUCGAGCUCUCAUCGUCAAGUUUGGUGACCUGUUGUUCGAAGAGGAAGCCGAGCAGUGUGCCGACCUGUGUCAGAAGGUUCUCCAGUACUGUAGCAGCCACGAGGACGGAAACAGAAGCCAGGCCUGCGCUACCCUAUACCUCAUCAUGAGAUGCAGCUUCAACUCGGCCAACAACUUCUCCCGGGUGAAGAUGCAGGUGACCAUGUCUCUAGCCUCUCUGGUGGGGAAGUCCGAGGACUUCCAUGAGGAGUACCUCCGCAGGUCCCUACGCACCAUCCUGGCCUAUGCCGAGGAGGACACCGAGAUGCAGAACACACCUCUCCCCUCGCAGGUUGAUGAGCUGCUGAGGAACCUGAACAGUAUCCUGUCAGACACGGUGAAGAUGAGAGAGUUCCAAGAAGACCCAGAGAUGCUCAUGGAUCUCAUGUAUAGGAUAGCAAAGGGUUACCAGACGUCGCCUGACCUGAGGUUGACCUGGCUGCAGAACAUGGCGGAGAAACACAAGAACAGGAAGUGUUUUACGGAGUCGGCCAUGUGUCUGGUCCACGCUGCAGCCCUGGUGGCUGAAUACCUCAGCAUGCUGGAGGACCACAAAUACCUACCUGUGGGCAGUGUCACCUUUCAGAACAUCUCUCCCAACGUUCUGGAGGAGUCGGCAGUGUCCGAUGACGUCCUGUCCCCAGACGAAGACGGAGUCUGUUCAGGGAGAUCCUUCACCACCGGUGGGCUGGUGGUCUUACUGGAGCAGGCGGCAGAACUCUUCAGCCAGGGUGGUCUUUAUGAGGCAGUGAAUGAGGUGUACAAGAUCGUUAUGCCUGUCCUGGAGGCUCACAGAGAUUUCCGGGAGCUGGGCUCCGCUCACCACAAACUCCAGAGAGCCUUCGACAACAUCAUUCAGAAGGGCCAUAAGAGGAUGUUUGGGACAUAUUUCCGAGUGGGGUUUUAUGGGGCCAAGUUUGGAGACCUGGACGAACGAGAGUUUGUUUACAAGGAGCCAGGGAUCACCCACCUGCCAGAGAUAUCCCACAGACUGGAGAACUUCUACAGUCAGUGUUUUGGAGAUGCCCUGGAGAUGAUCAAAGACUCCAAAGACAUAGACCGGAGCAAACUGGACGCCAACAAGGCCUACAUCCAGAUCACCUACGUGGAGCCCUUCUUUGACGAUUAUGAGAUGAAAAACCGCCUGACCAACUUUGAGAAGAACUUCAACCUGCGGCGCUUCAUGUACACCACGCCCUUCACCAAGGCCGGGCGGCCGCGCGGCGAGCUCAGCGAGCAGUACAAGCGGAAGACCAUCCUCACCACCAUGCACGCCUUUCCCUACGUCAAGACGCGCAUCGACGUCAUCCAGAAAGAAGAGUUUGACCUGACUCCCAUUGAGGUGGCCAUCGAGGACAUGCAGAAGAAGACCAGGGAGCUAGCAGUAACCACACACAGGGAGCAGCCCGAUGCUAAGAUGCUCCAGAUGCUUCUACAGGGCUCUGUGGGAGCCACCGUCAACCAGGGACCAUUGGAGGUGGCCCAGGUCUUUCUGAAUGAGAUCCCAGCGGACCCCAAGCUCUUCCGUCACCACAACAAGCUGCGCCUGUGUUUCAAAGAGUUCAUAAUGAGGUGUGGUGAGGCUGUGGAGAAGAACAAGCACCUGAUCACGAUGGACCAGAAGGAGUACCAGCAGGAGCUGAAGAAGAACUACAACCGUCUGAGAGAGAACCUGCGGCCCAUGCUGGAGAGGAAGAUACCCGAGCUCUACAAACCCAUCAUCAAACCACGCUUGGAGAACAGAGAUUCCAUUAAACGACUCAGUUUCCGCAGAGCACCGGAGGAAAACUCCUGAGAAGGACAGAUUUAUCUAUCUGAGAGAAUCUCCAGAGGCCGGAGAAGAAAGGAUGUUGUAAAAGUAGAAAAAGAGAAGGGAGCUAGCAGUCCUCAUUCACCGUGGAAGAGCAGUACACACAUGGUUACACAAUGGAGGACUUACAAUCAUGUCUGAAUCAACACAACAUUGCAAUACAUUGUCAUUGCUUGAUGUUUCUUCUUUUUUUGCAAGAAGCACAAAUACGUUGUGUGAGACCAUAAUGAGCACAUUACCUAGCAGGUAAUUUUCAUGGACAGAGUUCCAACCCUGCAGCGUUGCAGUUCUUGGCGCACUCAAACGGGUGCGCCUGGUACCCACUACCAUAACCUGUUCAAAAAUGUGUCUUGACCAUUCACCCUCUGAAUGGCACAAUUACACAAUCAUGCACACUGAUUGAAGUGGAUUUAACAAGUGACAUCCAUAAGGGAUCAUAGCUUUUACCUGGAUUGAAUUUAUCAGUCUAUGUCAUGGACAGAGUUCCAAGUGUUUUGUACACACUCAGUAUAUAUAUACAGUGCCAGUCAAAAGUUUGGACAUGCCAAUUCAACACUAUGAAAUAACACAUGGAAUCAUGUAGUAACCAAAAAAGUGU